CUAAAUUUAGGUUUAGAAAAAAAAACAUAUUAAUAUUUAAUACGUUUCAUAUCCAUUAUCCGUUACAUAUACCUUAACUCACUCAGACUUGGGGAAAGAAUGCCCCUGUACUUUAUGUUGCUCUCCUCAGAACAAAAAAGAGCAGUAACCUCUCUCUUAAGUAUACUAAGGUACCUCAGUUGUUUAUAUUUGUAUCCAUGUUUAAAAAAUAAUGUGUAAGACUGAUCAAUAUGCACAUAAUGUCAAAUUUCUUAACAGCAUGUAUAAAGCUAAUGUAAUUAUAUAUUUUGAAAAUUAUUAAAGUGCAGACAAUCAUCUUGAACCAUAUCUUGUCCUUUAAUUGUAAGCACAAACAAAGAAUAAAUUCUGUAUAGCUAAGAUGACCUUACACUUAAAAUACUGACGUUCAUCAUUGUGCUGCUUUUCUGGAACAUUAGUCAUUUAUCUUCCAUGAAAAACAUGUGCUUUUCUGACCAUUAUUCCUAUUUUUAUCUACUCAGAUGUUGCCAGAGCAAUUGAAUUACUGGAGAAACUUCAAGAGUCUGGGGAGGUACCAGUGCACAAGCUACAAUCCCUAAAAAAAGUACUGCAGAGCGAGUUUUGUACAGCUAUCAGAGAGGUAUAUCAAUAUAUGCAUGAAACCAUAACUGUUAACGGCUGCCCAGAAUUCCGUGCCAGGGCCACUGCAAAGGCAACGGUUGCUGCUUUUGCAGCAAGUGAGGGGCAUUCACAUCCUCGAGUCGUUGAACUGCCAAAGACAGAUGAAGGCCUGGGCUUUAAUGUUAUGGGAGGAAAGGAACAGAAUUCUCCUAUAUAUAUUUCUCGCAUCAUUCCUGGAGGGGUGGCAGAAAGACAUGGAGGACUCAAGAGGGGAGACCAGCUGCUUUCUGUUAAUGGAGUGAGUGUGGAAGGAGAGCACCAUGAAAAGGCAGUGGAGCUUUUGAAAGCUGCUAAGGAUAGUGUAAAGCUAGUGGUACGCUACACACCCAAAGUGCUGGAAGAGAUGGAAGCUCGCUUUGAAAAACUGAGGACAGCACGACGCCGGCAGCAACAGCAGUUGCUAAUUCAACAGCAGCAGCAGCAACAGCAGCAAACGACACAGCAAAACCAUAUGUCGUAGGUUAUUCUCAAGGAAAAAAAAAUCUAGAUCAAGAAUUCAGUAACCAAGCAAUCAAAGCUGUGCCUCAGCCCUCCUGCACAGAGUAAAAGGAAACAACAAUGGGAACACAGUAACUGUAAUUAUCUGAAAGCUAUGAAUGAAUGAUGUAAGAAUAACUUAGCAAGACAGCCAUAUACAUGCUACUUUCUUUAUAAGGCUCUUCAGAACACUGCAAUCUCAGAUACCAGACUUUAUUGCUAAUGAGCAGUAUGGUAAGUAAACACAAGGAAAUGUAGAGGAGUCUGGAGCAUCAGAAUAAAAUUUUCUAGUUCUUGUCUUGUGCUCCUUACCCUGGACAAACCUCUCAUCCAUUUGCUCACUGUAGUAAGUGAUGGUGUUUGUUUAAGGAGGUCAAGACUAGCUGCUAGUAAGGGAGGAAACUUUCUCUACAGUUAAUUUCCAGGGUUGAACAACAUGUAGUCUAUACACCAAACUGCAUCAGUUCCAAAUUUUGGUCACAAGAUAUUAAACAAAUUCACACAUCUCAUUUCAUAAUCUCUUUGUACUAUAUAUUGUAGGAGUUGUUUUAAUCCGACUUCCAGUUUAUAAUAAUUUUCCAAUUUUUUUCCUGAAAAUAGCAAGUUACUAUAUUUAUAAAGUAUUCAGUUUGUAGAAGCAAUUGGCUUUUUACUCUUGGUGUCUCCAUAUAUUUUAUUAUGCAUUAAUAGAGUGAAGCAGUUUUAGGCCUAUUUUAAUUUUAUUAGUAGUAAGGGUAGGGAAACCUAGAAUUGUAUUUUUAAAUGUAGGUAUUGCUUGUAUCUAUUAUAGUUACUCUUCUAUAGAAAUCUAUAACUGAAUAUAUUGUAUAUUUAUUCCAUAAAAUAUAUAUUGUCCGAAUGUCCUUGUUACAGAAGUAGGAUCUUUGCUUACCAUGUAUUGCAAAAUGUAGUAAGCUAGAGUUAGCAAAAGAUCAAGCUUUGUUUGGCAGAUAGUCAAGUGAUAAAUAUGAACCAGGUAUCUUAGUUUUUCUGUAUUUCUUAAUUUAUUUUCUAUUUUAUUGUUGGCUAAAUUUGGAGAAGCAGCAUAAACUGCUACUGUUAACAUUGGCAUAUUACUGUAUAAAUCAGUUUGAAAGUCAAAAGUUCAGAGCCAUUUUAUCAAACCAAACUGAAAUGUAAACAAAAAUGUCCCAUUUAAGUUUACCUGCCUGCUUUUCCAAAGACUAUUGAACAGUCAGAGCUGGAAGGCUGAAAGCAUCCUUGACUUCAGAAGUGGUAAAAAUUUGAUUUCCAAAUCCUGAUCAAUAUAUUGCAAUUUAAAGUACCUAUUAUUUGAAGGGGAGCAAAAAGUGGGGAAUUGUGGGGGGGCGGUGUCAAAGCCUAUUUAUUUUUGAAGGAGGGGAGAGUACCCCUGCAAACUCUUACAUGCUGAAAACUCCCACUCAUUACAUUUCAGCUGGAGUUUGGGGGCAUAAGAAAUGCAGAACUCUCCUGAAACUAUAUUCUGGUUAUAAAUAUGUAAAAAGCAAAUCACCCACACCCAAACCUCUGCAAGUUUUUUUUUCAGUCUCAAUUCCUUUUAUUCUUUGUAGGAUUUAGUCUCAAUAUAGAACAGAUAUAGCCGGGGGAAGCUGAUAUGCAUAAAUUAAAAACAAACAACCCCCUCCCCCCCACCAACUAGCCACCAGCCUUGACAGUAUUCCUUUAAAAUAAUUUAUUGCUGAAAGAAAGUAAAUAUGCUUUUAAAACCAAAUGCCAUUAAAUACAAAGGAAAGGGCAAGUGGUCCUCUUAAUAACACAGAAUUAGAAAGUAGAGAUUAACUUGCAUUUUAUGAAAUAGCCUUGUAUUAUGUUUUGCAAGGUGUUUAUUAUUACCUCUUUUUAAUUUUAUUACUGUGUACCCACUUUCAAUUUGCACACUUUAAAAUUAACAGCCAUCUUUAGUAUCAAUAGUGUAUAAACUAUUGUUAUUGUUACUGCUCACGUUAUAGCACAUCAGUAUGAUUUGACUGCUGCUCUGCGAGUUAUCAGAGACCAAAUGUUAUAGUUAUUGUUAGAGAACCUAUUGUACUGCAUUCUUUCUGAACUGCCCUCCCCUCCCAUUCAUCACAAUCUAUAUUUUGAUUAAAUGGACUGUGAAUAUAAUAAAUUGCAAAAAUAGAAUGUAAUUCCUGUCCUUUUAUAAAUAAUAUCAUAUUCUCAUUUCAUUGACAAGCAUUUGAAAUGCAGAUUAAAUACAGACUGAAGUACUGUAAGGUAGAUACA